UCGGAAUAUCGACAUCACAGUCAGGAACACAGCUCCUUAAACUGUACCUGCACUUGUGCAUCGCGUUCCAUGUUGCACCAAGCAUAAACUGUAACAACACACUGGAAUAAAAACAGGUGCAUUGCAUGUCAAGGUAACCCAUGUUCGCCUCACUGGCUAUGAGCCCCGACCAGGGAUUUUAAAUGAAGAUUCGCUGAGAGAUCGCAGUCACUCUUCCUGGAGAAGGAGGGAGGGGUAACUCCACAGCUUCACUCAAACAUGUAUACAAUCAUAUACGGAGGAAUUCUGGUGGUGAUUUUACUCCUGGGUUAUACACGUCUGUUUCGCCAGUCCGGAUGGAGGGGUAAAUCACCCCCGGGGCCGUUCCGCUGGCCACUAUUGGGAUCCUACCCCCAGAUGGCGAUGUUUGGGGCAAAGAGAGUGCAGGAUUAUUUUCAACUGAUACGUAGAAAAUAUGGCUCGGUGGCUAGGAUAUAUUUUGGAAGGUAUCCCGUGAUUCUAGUGUCUGGGUAUGAUGCGAUCCACGAGGCGUUCAUCACCCAGCAGGACAACACUGCUGCCAGGCCAGACUUCCUCCCGGGGGUAAAUGCUGUAAAACAACACGGGAAAGGGCUGUUCUUUGGAAACGGGCCAAACUGGACAAAGGCUCGUACAACACUCAAGAAAGGAAUCGCUGAUGUUUUGAUGACUUCGGCAUAUCAAGACAUAGUGUUGGAGGAGACCAAAUUCCUUAUCGAGGAAUUUGUGGAGAAAAAAGAAAGCCCUUUCCAGCCACGAGACAGCCUGUACAUCACAGUGACAACAUGCCGAUACGCAGCUCUGACAGGCCAAAGAUGUAACCAUGACAGCGUUGUCCUUCGGGAAAUACUACGGUGUAUGGCUGAUUUCGAACAGAAAGGAGGGAUUCUCUCACCCCUGGGGACAGUGCCGUGGCUGCGGUACCUACCGAUAACUAGACGGUCUUACAAAACAUUAACUGGAGCCUACACUGGACUACAGACCCUGAUGCUGUCUGAAAUCAGGAGCAGGAAAGAAAACUUCAAGGAGGACCAAACAGGAUCGGUGAUAGACGUCUUCAUUAAGGACCAGAGGCAGAACCCGGAUGUACCUUCAUAUUCAGAUGGUGACGUUGCUGUGUGUCUGGAGGAGUGCAUCAUAGGGGGCGCUCCUUCUGUAGCCCUGACGGUCGACUGGGCGCUACUCUACAUGCUGGAGCACCCGGAUGUGCAGGCAAGAUGCCAACAGGAGAUAGAUAAGGUCUGCGGCAAGUCACGACAAGUCAAGUUUUCUGACAUAGACAAAUUGCCCUAUGUUAGUGCUACGGUGUUUGAGGUUCAGCGACUCGCUAAUGUGGUUCCUGUCUCUCUUCCCCACUGCGCCGUGGACGACAUGGACAUCUUUGGGUUCCACAUUCCAAAAGGAACCAUCCUAUUUUCCAAUCUGAUUUCCGCAAACACGGACGAUGCUUAUUGGGAGAAUGCACAGCUGUUCGACCCGACGCGCUUUCUUGAUGACCAGCAUUCAGCAAUUAAGAUGCCCCAAGCUUUCAUGCCUUUUAGCAUAGGAGCACGAAAAUGCCCCGGUUACAAGAUGGCUGUAAAGGAGGCAACUGUCAUCUUCGCCAACCUGCUCCAAACCCUGACUUUCUCCAGUAUCGGCAAGGUGAACUACGGGGGGACAAGUGUUGUGAACAUACGCCCGACUGAGAAUUACAUCGUUGCAUCUCAGAGGAAACAUGCAAGAGAAUAGUUAGCCUGGACUAUUGGAAGUCCAUUAUGCCAAGCAAAGUUUGUACGAGCACAUUAAUAGGAUGUUACAAGAUCCUUUACUUGUAUGGCGAAGGCGUUUCGUUUGCCAUGUAACGGUUAACUAAUAACUUUAGUGAAUCCAAAGUUAUGGGUAUACCUAAUAUAAGGCUUGUAACAUGUAGUAUAUUUUAAUGUAUAUUUCGAACAAUUGACUUGCCGCUGUAUGUGUUUGUGACAAGCGCAACCAAUUGGGUAGAAUACGCUAGUCUUUUUACCAACGAAUGACCACUAUUUCAGAGUGAAUCAUAAACAAGUGACUCUGAUAUUAGCUGUAUAAGUGCAAUGUACUUUAAACGUGUCCAAACAUAUAUGGGCACCAAUCAGAAACUACAGGAUUCAGGCGUGCUAUGUAAUUUUUUAGUUUUGAGUCAGGUCAGUACGCACGGUUGUCACAAGAAUAUUAGACCGUGAUUUUUGAAUGUAUAUCAAUCCACACUGAAACACUUCAGUGAUGAAAUCCUUAAAAGACAAAUGUCUGCCAAAGAGCGAUUCCACUGUACGAUUUUGAAUAUGCCAGAAUCAUGUCAUCGCUGAUUUACGGCAGUCCGUUCUUGUGGGGUUUGCGUCUGGUUUGCUCUUUACGAUAAAUGGAGUCUUUUUUUGAUGGUCAAGACUGGCUAGUUUCUGCAUUGACGUGUUAUAUGUUUGAAUCAUUAUCAUAAUGAUUGUAUCAGAUGCAAAACUAUAACUUGUACACAGGGAUAUUUACUGCUAUACAUGCCCAUACCAACUGAGGCAGGCCAAACCCUGUCAGGAAGCUGUGAAUGAUCAUCAUCAGCAUUAUUAUAUAUAAACAUCAUUUGUACAAUGAGCAACUGUAUAAAAUAAACGAUUCGAAAAUAG